AUGGCCGCAUCUCACCAGAUCAUCAAGCCCAACAUCAUCAAACGGGAUACAUUGAUGCCAAUUGCGCAGCUUUCAAUCUUUGGAUGGCUCGUCCUCGGGACGGUCGACACAUCAUCAUCGGCACCUGCUGCAGUGCAUCAUGCAUCGAUUCAUGAGAGGGAAGAUGCUCUCGACGAGUUACUGUCGAGAUGUUGGAUACAAGAAGAAGAGCCUGCGAGCAACAAUCUUGAUCUUACUCCUGACGAGCAAAGAUGUGACGAACAUUUCAAGAGUACUGUUUCACGGGAUUCAACAGGUCGAUACACAGUUCGACUUCUACUAAAAUCAUCACCUGAUACUCUUGGCGAUUCGUAUCUCACUACGCAUCGAUGUUUGCAAAGUCUACAAAGGAGACUCUCCCGAGAUGAAAACUAUCGACGUCUGUAUCAUCAAUUUAUGACAGAAUAUCGAGAUCUCAACCACAUGAAGAAAGCUUCACCCGUUUCCAGUCAGCAGACGCAAUAUUAUUUGCCACAUCACGGAGUGCUCAAACCAGACAGUGCAACCACGAAAUUACGUGUGGUAUUCAAUGGCUCGAGCGCAUCCACAUCUGGCCGCUCACUUAAUGAUAUCAUGCACACGGGAGCCAAGUUGCAUUUAGACGUCACCGAUGUCUUGCUCUGGAUUCGACAAUUUCGACACCUAGUUGCCACGGACAUCACCAAGAUGUAUAGACAGAUCAACGUGCAUGAAGAUGACUGGAACUUACAACGGAUUCUCUGGCUUGACGAACUGCUCAAUAAAGUGGCAUAUUAUCUAACCACGGUCACGUAUGGCACCAAGGCUGCCCCGUUCUUGGCAGUACGAACGCUGCUGCAACUGGUGAAGGACGAAGGCCAUAAUUUUCCUCUUGCAGUGCCGUCCAUCCUUCAAGGUCGAUACGUCGACGACAGCUUUGGAGGCGCUGACACUGUCCAACAGUUAAUCAAAAUUGCAUUGCAGCUGAAGAACUUGUGCAUGGCGGGCGGUUUUCCCUCAGCCAAGUGGCACGCGACUCAUCCAGACGUGCUCACUGCGGUUCAAGCAGAGAAAGACCAGGGCUCACAAAUUACAUUUGACGAUUGCGCAAACAAGAUACUCGGAUUACGAUGGCUUCCUCAAGAAGAUUCAUUCGCAUUCGCAACAAGGAUCUCGUCGCAUACCGAUCAUCUCACCAAACGCCUCGUUUUGUCUGAAGUGGCUCAGAUAUUCGAUCCACUAGGCUUUGCAUCACCAGUCGUGAUCAAGGCGAAGAUGCUCUUGCAGGAGCUUUGGCUUCAUAAGCUCCAAUGGGAUGAACCACUGCCAUCCCAGCUCUCAUCACGGUGGCUCAUCAUCAGAAAGGAACUCACCAGCUUGCGCAAGAUCUCA